AUGACGGCGGUGGACCUCCUAGACAUUCUGGAUGAUUUGGGAGAAGAGGAGUUUGAGCGUUUCAGGUGGUCCCUGCUGCAGGUUGAGAGCCCAAAAGGCUUCCCAAACAUUAAGAAGGGCCGGCUAGAGAAGGCAAACAAAUGUGACACAGUGGAUCUGUUGGUGCAGACCUAUGAACUUCCUGGAGCUGUGGAGGUGACCAAGAAGGUUUUAAAGAAGAUCCCAAGAAAUGAUCUGGUGCAGCGUUUGUCACUUGCAAGAUCUAGAUCAAAAGAUGUGAUGGUUCCAGUACCAGAGCCAAAACCAAUCACAUAUUACCAACACAUGCUUCAAUCAAACCUCCGAGACAGAUUUAUGUGUGCACAAGAGGGGUGGACAGUGGAUAAGCAACAUCUGGUUGAUAUCUACACAGAGCUGUACAUCACAGCUGGUGGUGAUGUACACAUCAACACACAGCAUGAGGUCAGACAGAUUGAAACAGCAGGGAAGCCAGCACAAACAGAUAAACCUCUUAAACCCAGUGAUAUGUUCAAACACCCGUCUGAAGAAUACAGACCCAUAAGAGGAGUUCUGACCAGUGGAAUCGCAGGAGUUGGAAAAACAUUCCUUGUGCGUAAAUUUGUGUUGGACUGGGCUGAAGGAAGAACCAAUCAAAAUGUGCAUCUCAUUUUCCCCUUCACCUUCCGUCAGCUGAAUCCACUGAAGGGAGAAAAGUUUUGUUUGGCUAAGCUCAUUCAUGAAUACAUCCCAGAAACUAAAGACAUCAAAGAGGGAGCUCUGAAUCACAUCUUUAAAACUCUACAGUCAUCAGGAAACAUCAACUAUGACAAGAGUAAAUUCAAACUUCUGUUUGUGUUUGAUGGACUGGAUGAGAGCCGCCUGGACCUUAAUGGCAAUGACGUUCGCUCCAUUGAUGUAACAAAGUCAGCUAGAGUAGAAGUACUGCUGAGGCAACUCAUCAAUGGGAAACUGCUACGUUCAGCUCGCAUCUGGAUAACCACACGACCUGCAGCAGCCAAUCAGAUUCCUCGAGACUUUGUUGACAGCAUGACAGAGGUCAGAGGGUUCACUGAUCUGCAGAAGGAGGAGUACUUCAGGAAGAGAUUCAGAGAUGAGCAGCAAGCCAGCACAAUCAUCUCCCACAUUGAGACAUCACGAAGCCUCCACAUCAUGUGCCACAUCCCAGUCUUUUGCUGGAUCACUGCCACAGUUCUGGAGGAUGUGUUAAGCAGAGAGGGAGGAGAGUUGCCCAAGACCCUGACUGAGAUGUACAAAGAAUUCCUGGUGUUUCAGAUUGAUCAGACGAAAGACAAAUAUGGAAGAGAAAAGUGCGUUCAGUACAUUAAAUCCUUAGCAAAACUGGCUUUCCACCAGCUGGAAAAGGGCAACCUGAUCUUCUAUGAGAAAGACCUGAGAGAGAGUGGAAUUGAUAUCAGUGAGGCCUCAGUGUGCUCAGGAGUGUUCACACAGAUCUUUAAAAAUGAGCAUGGGAAGAAGAAGGAUGACAAAAGGAUGUUCAGCUUUGUCCAUCUAAGUGUUCAGGAGUUUCUUGCUGCUCUCCAUGUGAAAAUGGCACUUAUCAACAGCAACAAAAAUGUGAUGCCUUUUCCACGACCAACAGUCAACAACCUGCAACUGCUUUUAAGGAAAACUUCUACAAAGAAGAUCCACAGGAUUGCUAUCAUAAAUGCCUUACAGAGUCCAAAUGGACACCUGGACUUGUUCCUUCGCUUCCUCCUAGGCCUUUCACUGCAGACCAAUCAGGACAAUCUAGAAGACCUGCUGAUGAAGAGAGAAGGUAGCUCACAGGCCAAUCAGGAAACGGUCAAGUACAUCAAGAAAAAGAUCAGUGAGGAUCUGUCUGCAGAGAGAAUCAUCAAUCUGUUCCACUGUCUGAAUGAACUGAAGGAAUGUUCUCUAGUGGAGGAGAUCCAACAGUACCUGAGUUCAGGAAGUCUCUCCACAGAUAAACUGUCUCCUGCUCAGUGGUCAGCUCUGGCCUACAUCUUACUUUCAUCAGAAAAAGAUCUGGAUGUGUUUGACCUGAAAAAGUAUUCUGCUUCAGAGCAGGCUCUUCUAAGGCUGCUGCCAGUGGUCAAAGCCUCCAACAAAGCUCUGCUGCGGGGCUGUAAUCUAUCAGAGAGAAGCUGUGCCACUCUGCCCUCAGUUCUCAGCUCCCAGUCCUCUAGUCUGAAGGAGCUGGACUUGAGUAACAACAACUUGCAGGAUUCAGGAGUGAAGCUGCUCUCUGCUGGACUGGAGAGUCCACACUGUACACUGAAGACUCUCAGGCUGUCGGGCUGUCUGGUCAGAGAGGAAGGCUGUGCUUCUCUGGCCUCAGCUCUGAGAUCCAACCCCUCCCAUCUGAGAGAGCUUGACCUGAGCUACAAUCAUCCAGGAGACUCAGGAGUGAGGCUGCUGUCUGCUGGACUGGAGGAUCCACACUGGAGACUGGAUACUCUCAGGGUGGAACAUGGUGGAGAGCAGAGGCUGAAACCUGGUCUGAGAAAGUAUGCCUGUGAACUCACACUUGACACAAACACAGUAAACAGAAAACUCAAACUGUCUGACAACAACAGGAAUGUGACACAUGUGACAGAGGAGCAGCCAUAUCCUGAUCAUCCAGAGAGAUUUGAUGUGUGGUAUCAGCUGCUGUGUAGAAAUGGUCUGAUUGGUCGCUGUUACUGGGAGGUCGAGUGGAGUGGAUGGGUUCAUAUAUCAGUGAGUUACAAAGGAAUCAGAAGGAAAGGAAAUAGCACUGACUGCAGGUUUGGAGAGAAUAAUCAAUCCUGGAGUCUUAGCUGCUCUGAUGAUGGUCGUAACUCUGUCUGUCACAAUAACACAAGAACAGACCUCACCUCCUCCUCCUCCUCUUUCUCCAUUUCCUCCUACCUUGUAUCUAACAGAGUAGCAGUGUAUGUGGACUGUCCUGAUGGCACUCUGUCCUUCUACAGAGUCUCCUCUGACACACUGAUCCACCUCCACACCUUCAACACCACAUUCACUGAACCUCUGUAUCCUGGGUUCUUGGUUGGGUCUGGUUCCUCAGUGUAUCUGUGUUCAGUGUAGGAGGAAGAGUCUCCUGUAUAAAGAAACACUAAUGACAAACACACUUUUUAUCAGUCAUACUAAUCUACUCACAGAAAAAUCUAUGAGGAAACAUCUCCAAUUGUUUUGCUUUGGUGAAUGCAAUGUGUGUCCAUGAUUUUAACAGCUGCGAGACACCAAAUAUGUUGUCAAGAUUUUAGUUGUCUUUUUUUGUAACCUUGCAAUCCAAAACUGUUCUCAUUUAAAUAAGUAUGUAUAUCCACUAAAAUCAGAUUCCACACACAUGCAUAUAUGUUUUCUUCAAACAAAUGUACCAAUAAUUUUAGUUUGUAGAAAUAUGAUUCCACAGUUUUUGUAAAUGAGAUGUUAUCAGAAAAUAAACCAGUCAUAUAUUGAA